AUGAGGCGACCUGGUGCAGCACAUUCAGUCGCCUGGAAACAUCACAAACGAGAAAUCCAGCUGGGUUCCAGAAGGGCGAGACCGGUCGUGGGCUGUCGACGAAUUUUCAGCAACAUUUUGAGUAGUGCAUUACAAAUAUACACGAUUCUUCCUCAUUUAGACUGGUCAAGUAACGGAGAAGAGCAGUGGUCAACACAGCCGCUCUAUCACUUACACUGGUUACGCGUUCACAAUAAAUUGAUAGCAGUGUAUGAAGAAGGCCAGAAAGGUCAACGUUGGGAGCCGCAAUCCAUUCUUCUCCACGGCUUCAAAGAUGUUCGUACAAACGACUCCUCGUUUGCUUUGAAAGGCGCCUCCGAGCUGAAGCAGAAAGAGUACUUACGGCGGUCCAUUCGUGAUAUCGGGUCAGUGAAAGCAAUCCGUGUUUCAAUGUCUCAGUGCACACAAACUGUCCAUUGGUCCUGA